GGGCCGGCCGGGCGUGGGGGUGUCUUGGGCCGCCGAGCAGGACGGGCGGGCGGGCGGGGGGCCGCGCUGCCCCGCCCCUGCCUCCGCUCUCAUGGCCCUCCGCCAUGGCCGCCCCCAAGCCCAGUCUUGGCUAGGGUUCAGGUCUCUGGGUAGUGGAAACUCGUGUUGAAAACUUUUCAUCGCAGCUCUGGGAGGGGACCCCAAAGCAGCAGGGACGUCUGUGUCGGUACUGGCCUUGAGAGGAGGCUGGCGCUUCCUCCUGUGAACUUGAACUCCGCAUCCAUGCCCAGAAUGCGCAUUGUAUAAAGUGAUGCCACCAAGAAGAAAAGAGAAAUACAGACUUCCUGUUCCACUUCCAGAAGGCAAGGUCCUGGGUGAUGUGGAAGGAAAACAGUGGGUGCUGGGCAAGAUGAUUGGCUCUGGAGGAUUUGGUUUGAUAUAUUUAGGUCUUCGAUUUCUUUCAUCAGCAUUUUGGCUUUUGGCAUAUUGGUCCUGUACAUGCACUUUUAGGUAUAUAUCUUUCCCCGUAAAUAACCCAGAUAAAGAUGCAAGACAUGUAAUAAAAGUGGAAUAUCAAGAAAAUGGCCCAUUAUUUUCAGAACUUAAAUUUUAUCAAAGAGCGGCCAAAAGAGACUGUAUCAAAAAAUGGAUAGAACUCAAACAGCUUGAUUAUUUAGGAAUUCCUCAGUUUUAUGGAUCUGGUAUUGCUGAAUUCAAGGGAAAAAGUUACAGAUUUAUGGUAAUGGAAAGACUGGGAAUAGAUUUGCAGAAGAUCUCAGACCAGAAUGGUACUUUUAAAAAGUCAACUGUCCUGCAGCUAGGUAUCCGAAUGUUGGAUGUACUGGAAUAUAUACAUGAAAAUGAAUAUGUUCAUGCUGAUAUAAAAGCAGCGAAUCUACUUUUGGGUUACAGAAAUCCACAUCAGGUUUAUCUUGCAGAUUAUGGCCUUUCCUACAGAUAUUGUCCCAAUGGGAACCACAAACAGUAUCAAGAAAAUCCUAGAAAAAGCCAUAAUGGGACAAUAGAGUUUACCAGCUUGGAUGCUCACAAGGGAGUAGCCCUGUCCAGACGAAGUGACCUUGAAAUCCUCGGCUACUGCCUGCUGCGGUGGUUAUGUGGGAGACUGCCCUGGGAGCAGAACCUGGAGGACCCUGUGGCUGUCCAGACAGCUAAAACAAAUCUGUUGGAUGAGCUGCCUGAGUCGGUGCUUAAAUGGGCUCCUUCCGGAAGCAGUUGCUGUAAGUCAGGUGAAAUAGCCCAGUAUUUGGUAUGUGCUCAUAAUUUAGCAUAUGAUGAAAAGCCAAACUAUCAAAUGCUCAAGAGAAUUCUGAACCCAAGUGGAAUACCUUUAGGACCACUGGAAUUUUCCCCUAAAGGAGAGAGCUUAAAUGUGCGUACUCCAAAUAAUGAAAAGAAGUGUUCAUGGCAGCACAACUUAACCAUCCAGCCAACUGACAGCAAAUCCAGGAGGCAUUGUCUCUUCCAGGAGGCCUCAGAGAGGACUGAAUAUAUUAGACCGAAUUUUGUUUGUACAUCAGAGGCUCCCAGACCAAAAACUGGUAUACCUGAAGUUGAUUCACGAAAGGCUGCAACAAAGCAAGUCAAUCAGAUGCAAAAUAGGUUACUAGAAAAAAAAGGCCACAGUGAGAAAAGUGCUGAGUCCUGUGCAACGUGGAGAAAAGUGCAAGAGGAGGAGAAGCUGACUGGGUUGUCCAACAGUGAAACAGCACAGGAAAGCACAAGGAGAAGACAAAAAUACUGUGAGUCUCAAGAAUUUCUGAAUGGAGUAAAAAGUUCUCCACAAAAAUCCAGCUGUAUACAGUUCCCUAAUUCAUUUUAUGAACCCCAUCAAGAUUUUACCAGUCCAGAUAUGUUCAACAAGUCAAGCUCUCCAUCUUGCUACACGUACACUUCUACAACUGGUAUGGAGGUCACAGAAUUAGACAGUUCUACAGGAUUUUGGCUUACAAUUUCCCAGUUUACUCUUAGUGAAGAGAUAAAGGCAGAUGUAUAUUAUUAUGGCUUCACCAUUCUUCUUCUUUUGAUAUUAGUAUGUCUUGCUUUAUAUUUUCUCUAAAGAUAUCAAAUAAAAUCCUUUUGCUAA